CGUCUUCCACCUCCCAGCGAAACCACCACUCUCCCGUUCCAACCCAGCAGCAUCCAUGGCGCCCAAGGCCGAGAAGAAGCCGGCGGAGAAGAAGCCCGUGGAGGAGGAGCCGGCGACCGAGAAGGCCAAGAAGACCCCCGCUGCCAAGAAGCCCAAGGCGGGAAAGAGCCUGCCCGCCGGGAAGACCGCCGCCAAGGAGGGCGGCGAGAAGAAGGGCAAGAAGAAGGCCAAGAAGUCCGUGGAGACGUACAAGAUUUACAUCUUCAAGGUGCUGAAGCAGGUGCACCCCGACAUCGGCAUCUCCUCCAAGGCCAUGUCCAUCAUGAACUCCUUCAUCAACGAUAUAUUUGAGAAGUUGGCUGGUGAGUCCGCCAAGCUCGCGAGGUACAACAAGAAGCCCACCAUCACGUCCCGGGAGAUCCAGACCUCCGUCCGCCUCGUCCUCCCCGGCGAGCUCGCCAAGCACGCCGUCUCCGAGGGCACCAAGGCCGUCACCAAGUUCACUUCCUCCUAGACUGUUCAUGUGUUCCUCCUAGAUGGUUUCCUGCUAGUUCCAAGAUUUAGAUGUAACCUCUAGUUAACUGUCUCGGUUAAUGUAAGGUCUGCUUCUUG